CAGGCAUCUCUUAACGGUAGAUUCUGUUACAAUGUGUAGAAUUUUUUUUUUGUUUAAAUCUCACAAAUUGUACUGAUUUAAAUUAGAGGGGAGUCUCUUCAUACCCUUAAAACCAUGGAGGCUGCAGGCACCAGCUAAAUGGAAAAUGUAAAGAACAUCCAAAGAACUUUGGCACUUUGCUAUAGGGAGGUGGGGUCAUGAAGCUCCAGCUAUCCAUGUCUUUGCUGUCAGAGAGCAUUAACACCCACAGUGUGCUUGUGUAUCAAGUCAGAGUCGUUGUGUCUAAACAGUAACUGAGCAGAGACUUCACAAGGAAAGAGAUAUGAAAAUGCAGCAUUUUGUGGUUCUGCUACCAUUGUUUUUAUGUUUGCAGAAAACUCUUGCAGUUGGUGCUUAUGCUUAUCUUUCUUCCUGUGGACAUUGCAAUGAAGAUUUUUGUGAUUCUGUCACUUGUGCUGCCCCAGAGCUGCUCACCAAGGAUGAGUGUGGGUGCUGUGACAGAUGUCUUAGUGUGGAAGGAGAAGUGUGUGGAGGACGGGAUGAAAGAAGGGCUCGCUGUACCCCUGGUAUGGUAUGCGUAAGCAGACCUAGCUUUGGCACAGGGGCAUCUUCAUUCUCUGAUGGUACAGGAGUCUGCCUGUGUGAAGAGGAUGGUGCCGUGUGUGGUUCAGAUGGGAGAACCUACUCCAGUGCAUGUGUUCUGCGUCUGCAAAGCUGGAAGUCCCAACAUGAAGGCAAGGGUUCCAUCCACAAGAUCCAUGAUGGGGAAUGCAAGUUUGCUCCUUUGAUCAUUGUUUCACCAAGAAAGAUUCACAAUGUCACUGGAUCCCAAGUUUACUUAUCAUGUGAAGUAAAAGCAGUUCCAACGCCCAUCAUCACUUGGAAAAAGGUUACAGAAUCUCCAAAAGGAACAAAACUUUUUGAAGAGUUGCCCGGUGAUAGAGUAAAUGUGGCAGUCCAAGUUCGUGGUGGUCCCUCUCGCCAUGAAUGCACUGGCUGGGUUAUGAUCAGUCCACUGACGAAGAAAGACGAAGGUACAUACCAAUGUCAUGCAACUAAUAUGGUUGGAGAAACCUGGGCUGAUGGAUCUAUAAAAGUCACAGAGCAUUACGCUCGUAGGAUCAAGAGACGAAACCAUGGUGGGUUUGCAAGUAAAGUGUAAUGAGGUACAGAGAAAGAAGCCCUGGAUCUACUGCUUUUUUAAUGCUGUAUAAGAAGACUUACACAAUUGUUUUUAUACCAUUAUGAUGCUUUUUGUAUAAAUAUAUGUAAAAUGACGUUUAGGAUUCCAAAAUCAUUGAGUUCAAAAGAUGCAGCUCUAUAUUUUUAGGUUUACUAUUAAGUAAUAUUUCAUCUUUAAAUUAAUUUUUUGCAUGAUGCAGACACUGUGACAUUUGCAACAGUUUAUUUUUUUGUGGUUAUUGAAUUAUGAGCUUUUUGUUCAGCAGCUCUCCAGUUUGGGAUUCCAGCAGCUAUAUGGUUGCUACAGUCCAAUAUACCCUAGCACCAAACAGUGGUUUGAAGAUGGACUGGAAUAUGAAUAAGAUAAGCAAAAAAUAAUUGAACAGAGGAAUAGGUUUCUGCCUCCCGUUUUGAAAUAUGGAACAAAGCAGAAAAAGAAGGCCAAUCAUUCAAAACUAUAAAGAAAUGAAAACCAACUGAAAAGACCAGUAACAUUCAAAAGUGAAGUAUUAAACCCAUUGUAUUCUACAGAGCUUAUCUGAUAUCAGCUGUGUAAACAUUAACUUUUUUGCCCUAUUCAGUUUGAAUGACUGCCACAUGGCUAUACAGCAGCUUUUUAUGUAAACUAUACUUUAUAGUCAAAUGCAUAUGUAAAACACUUUCAUUUUUGGUGUUACUGUUUUUUCAAGAAUAAACAUUUAGUAAUAUACAGAAAAAAAUACCCUAAGGUGAACUACACCUUUAAUGCUGCAAAAUAGUUGCCUGAAGACCAGUACUAAUUUUUUUUAUAAUGCAGAAUCUGAUGCCCCCCUUACCAUUGUUGAACUCAUAAAAGACUACUGUAUAGUACAGAGCCAUUAAUUUUGAGAAAUUCCAGUCUGUACAUCUGUUGUUGCAGGAUUUGCAAUUUUUAUAUUAUAAAUUUCAAGUAAAUACUAUUAGUAAAAUGGAUGGCUUUUAUAUUACCUUUUAUAUUAAUAUUAUUUUAUGUCUGCUUUGUUUUACUGUGAAUGUGCAACUUGAGUAUAAAGCUGAACAAUCAGUACAACCAUUUGCUCAGUG